GGGAGCCCCGGCGGAGCGCAGCGGCACCGGAGAGGUACCGGAACGGCACCGGGAGCGCAGCGCCGGAACGCGGCCAUGCCCUGCAUCCAGGCGCAGUAUGGCACAGCCACCAGCGGUCCCUGCGAGCGCUGCCCGAGCGAACUGCUGAGCCCGGAGGGCGGCCGAUACCCCAUGGAAGUGCCCGGCGCCGACCCCACGGCCGCCCCGGCUCUGCCCAGCUUCAGCACCUUCAUGGAGAGCUACGCCGGGGAGUUGGACGCCUUCCUUUGCCAGCUGCCGGCCGGCGGGCAGCACGCAGCGUUCAGGCUGGAGGAGCUGCAGGUGUACGGCUGCUACCCCGCGGCCUUCGGGCAGCACGAGGAGACCCUCUCCUCCUCCUCCUCCUCCUCCUCCUCCUCCUCCGGCGGGUCGGACUGUUACGGCAGCCCCUGCUCCAUCCCGUCACCGAACUUCCCCGCCCCCCAAGCUCCGGGCUGGGACGGCUCCUUCGGGCCCUAUUCACCCCAUUACGACGGUGGGCGGCAGUGGGGGGAGGCGGUGAAGGGCGGCAGCGCGCAGCCCCCCCUUCUUCUUCGCGCCCCCCAACCCCGUCGGUUCCCCGAAGGACCCCCGCCUGAUGGACGCGGACCCCUUCGCUCUGCCCCACGGACCCGGGGGGGCUUUUCCUGGGUUACCCCUCACCCCCACGUCGCCGUUGCGGAGGGGCCCCCGUUGCCCCCCGCCCCCAAAACUCGCGGCCCCGGAGCGGCUGAGGGGCGAUGCGCCGUCUGUGGGGACAACGCGUCGUGUCAGCACUACGGGGUGCGCACCUGCGAGGGCUGCAAAGGCUUCUUCAAGCGCACGGUGCAGAAGAACGCCAAAUACAUCUGCCUGGCCAACAAGGACUGCCCCGUGGAUAAGAGGCGGAGGAACCGCUGCCAGUUCUGCCGCUUCCAGAAGUGCCUGGCCGUGGGCAUGGUCAAAGAAGUGGUGCGGACCGACAGCCUGAAGGGUCGCCGCGGCCGCCUCCCCUCCAAACCCAAACAGCCGCCGGACGCGUCGCCCAUCAGCCUCAUCACCUCUCUGGUGCGGGCGCACAUCGACUCCGUCCCCAGCGCCACCAAGCUGGACUACUCCAAGUUCCAGGACUCGGUGCCGUGCCACCUGGAGAAGGAGGACUCAGUGGACGUGCAGCAGUUCUACGACCUCCUCACGGGUUCCAUGGACGUCAUCCGCAAAUGGGCCGAGAAGAUUCAGGGCUUCUCCGAGCUGCCGCGGGAGGACCAGGAUCUGCUGCUGGAGUCCGCCUUCCUCGAGCUCUUCAUCCUGCGCCUCGCCUACCGCUCCAAGCCGGAGGAAGGGAAGCUCAUCUUCUGCAACGGGGUGGUGCUGCACCGGCUGCAGUGCGUGCGCGGCUUCGGCGAAUGGAUCGACGCCAUCCUGGAGUUCUCGCACAGCCUGCACCGCAUGAGCGUCGACGUGCCGUCCUUCUCCUGCCUCGCCGCCCUCGUCAUCAUCACGGACCGCCACGGGCUGAAGGAACCGAAGCGCGUUGAGGAGCUGCAGAACCGCAUCGUGGGCUGCCUGAAGGACCACGUGGCGGCGGGGGAGCCGGGCCGGCCGGGCUGCCUGUCCAAACUGCUGGGCAAACUGCCCGAGCUGCGCACGCUGUGCACGCAGGGACUGCAGCGCAUCUUCUACCUGAAGCUGGAGGACCUGGUGCCGCCUCCGCCCAUCGUGGAUAAGAUCUUCAUGGACACUCUGCCCUUCUGAGAGCCCCCGGGGCCACCCGGGUAGAACACGGGGCAGUGCCAGCAGCCGGGGGUCAGACCCCAUGGGGACAAUAACAGCCCUUGGGGUCACACCCCAUGGGGACAAUAACAGCACUUGGGGUCAGAUCCCAUGGGGACAAUAACAGCCCGUGGGGUCACACCCCAUGGGGACAAUACCAGCCCUUGGGGUCACACCCCAUGGGGACAAUAACAGCCCUUGGGGUCAGAUCCCAUGGGGACACCUGGGUACCCCAUGGGGACAGUGCCAGCAGCCUGGGGUCAGACCCCAUGGGGACAAUGCCAGCCCGUGGGGUCAGACCCCAUGGGGAUAAUAACAGCCCUUGGGGUCAGACUCCAUGGGGACACCCAGGGUCACAUCCCAUGGGGACACCCAGGUACCCCAUGGGGACAAUACCAGCCCUUGGGGUCAGAUCCCAUGGGGACACCCAGGGUCAUAUCCCAUAGGGACACCCAGGUACCCCCUGGGGACAUCUGGAUACCUCACUGGGGUCAAUGCCAGCCCUUGGGGUCACACUCCAUUGGGGACACCUGGGUACCCCACUGGGGAUAGUGCCAGCACCUUGGGGUCAGACCCCAUGGGGACACCCAGGGCCAUAUCCCAUGGGGACACCCCAGUGGGGACAGUGCCAGCCCCUGGGGUCUCCAUGGGGACACCCGGGUACCCCCUAGGGACAUCUGGACACCCCAUUGGGGUCAAUGCCAGCCCCCGUAGUCACUCCCCAUUGGGGUCAACACCAGCCCUUGGGGUCACACCCCACGGGGACACCCGGAUACCCCAUGGGGACAGUGCCAGCCCUUGGGGUCACUCAGCAUUGGGGACACAGCGGUACCCCUCCAUGGACAGCCAGCUCUUCCCUUUGGGAUACCAAAGACCCCUCGGUGUCCCCUCCCCCACACCCCCCUUUGGGCCCCCCCCAUCCCUCGGGGGCCCCCCAUUGUGCCUUCAGCGCCCCACACGCGGCGCCCCCCCUCUCUGUACAAACACCCGCGUUGUAAAUACCCCAAAUGAUGUACAUAGCAGCAGGAUGGGGGGGGGGGGGGGGGGGGGGGGCACAGGGAGGGGGGGCUCCCAUCCUCCUUCCCCCCUCCCCCCUCGGAACCCCCCCCUUUCCCCCCUUUUAUUUUUUCUCCUUUAUUUUUCGCCCUUUGGGGCCUUUUUGUGUAUAUAAACUCCUCCGUCCGAUGCGAUGCGCCGCUCUCCA